AUGGAAUUUCAACUUCUAUCAAAUGUUUUUCAAGACCAAUUUCUCCGUGUGUCGCUUGCUGGGACAGCUGUUCUCGCGGUUGUGCUGUUUGUCGUCUACCGGGCCAUGCACACCAAAAAAGCAGAGACAGGGAUUCUCGCCAACAUCAAGAAUUUAAUUUUGUUCGUUUACUCAUGUUUCCUAAAACCGCACUCCGGCGACGGAACCGGAAACCAGCAAGAUGCCCUUGAAAGCUUCUACAGCUCCCAGGCUAGUGUUUAUGAUGCGACUCGCACUAAGCUACUUUCUGGACGAGAGGAUAUGUUGGGACUUGUGGCAGCGCAACUCAAGUAUAAGAUUGAAACUCGCAAGAUCAGGCGCAAGCCUGUUUGGGUUGAUGUCGGUGGGGGAACCGGUUACAACAUCGAGAAGAUGGCUGAAUUUGUGGAUGUACCCAAUUUUUUCGAAACUGUCUAUCUUGUCGAUCUCUCCCCAUCUCUUUGCAAAGUAGCCGUUGCGCGCUUUGAACGAUUAGGCUGGAAAAACAUCAAGGUGCUUUGCCAGGAUGCUAGGUUUUUCCGUCUAGAAACAUUCGAAGGGCGAAACGAUAUCGCAUUGUCAACCAUGACCACCAACAGCAGUGCAUCGUCGUCUCGCCCAACUUCACCAAACGCUGAGACUGAACGUUACAGCGCUGACUUGAUCACACUCUCUUAUUCACUCUCUAUGAUCCCCGACUUUCACUGCGCCAUCGACAACAUGUCUGAAGUCCUAUCCACUCACGGCCUCAUCGGUGUCGCCGAUUUUUAUGUGCAAAACCAAAGUGACUUCAUCUCGCGCAAUUACCUUGGGGGCUCUCUCGAUCGUCAUUGCAUGUGGAUCUCUCGAGUGUUCUGGAGAACAUGGUUUGAGAUGGAUCGUGUCAACUUGGAUGCUGCUAGGCGCGAUUACCUCGAAUACCGUUUUGGCACUGUCCAUAAUACCAACUCGCGGUGCAAACUUCUCGGUUUCAGAAUCCCAUACUACAUCUGGGUCGGAUGCAGGAAGAACUCUGGGUACUUUGAAGCCAAGCAGGCCACUGCUUCAACUGUCCUUUCCCCCACCACUAGCUCCCCCUUCAUCAAGGCUUUGGAUCUACACAACCGCGCUGUUGCAAACCUCAAUUCUAUCAACUUCAAUGAUGUUGAGUCUAAAGCUUACGAAUGUGCUGUCAUCAAUAUGUCUGCCAGUCUUCCUCUUCCGCCUUCAUGGUACCAAAAUCACAGAUGGAGGGUCUACUAUGAUGAUCAACUACAAAAGCAUCGUCAAUUUGGCGAUGAAUACAUCUACGCCUUCACAUGGGAGGAUGUCAAUGAAGACCUUAGAAUCCUCAACAUUAACUCCGAGGACGAAAUCUUGGCUAUCACUAGUGCUGGUGACAAUAUCUUGGGCUACGUUUUGGAAAAUCCUAAGCGGAUUCAUGCGGUUGAUCUUAACCCCAAUCAAAACCACCUUCUCGAACUCAAGCUUGCAGCUUUCUCUGCUCUUCCAUACCGUGACGUUUGGAGAUUAUUUGGAAAAGGCAAACAUCAUAACUUCAGGGAACUCUUGAUUACCAAACUCGCACCCCAUCUUUCUUCACUUGCCUUCCAAUAUUGGAUGCAUCACGGCCCUGCUGCUUUUGACGAGAAAAACGGCGGGCUUUAUCAUACCGGCGGCUCUCGGCACGCUUUGAUCCUUCUCGCCCGUAUCUGCCAGGUUCUUGGGCUUUCCGGUGAACUUGAAAAACUUGCCUCCGCCACCACCCUUGAAGAACAAGUCAAGCUUUGGAAACGCGGUCUGAGAAGGAUCUUGCUGAACAGAGUUCUUAACUACACCAUUAUCAGCUCUGAAAAGUGGCUAUGGAAGGCCUUGGGUGUUCCACAAAACCAACGUGCUAUCAUCGAUCAAGAUUUCUUGGCCCGUCAACAAGGACCAAACCCUGUCGCAUCGUCGCUUGAUUCCGGUGUUCGACAGUAUUUGAUUGAAACUUUUGAUCCUGUCAUUGAGACAACCCUUCUUUCAACUGAAAACCCCUACUACCUCCUUUGCCUUCUAUCUCGCUAUACACGCACAUGUCACCCGCUCUACCUCACACCAAAAGCACACAUUCACUAUGCCCAGGCUGGUGCAUUUGAUAAUUUAAGAAUACACACCGAUGAAAUUUCUGAGGUCCUCAAUAGAAUGGCUGAUGAGAGCUUGACUAUUGCUGUCGUUAUGGACAGCAUGGACUGGUUCGAUCCCCAUGCCAAUGGUGCUCGGGAACAGAUCCAAACUUUCCAUCGUGUUCUCAAAGUUGGUGGAAGAGUUAUGAUCCGAAGCGCCGGCAUUGAGCCUUGGUAUGCGCAGAUCUUUGAGAGCGAAGGAUUCAAAGCGACAAGGAUUGGGUCUAGAGAUAAGACACCUUGCAUCGAUCGGUAA